UAUAAAAUUAGAAAUACCAUGGACGGCUAUCGGAACGCAACAGAAAAUUGUUGAAGAUUGAAUUCAAAAUUAAGCUGAAGAAGAGCAAGAAAAAUGAGGAGGGCUUCUUCUCAAACCCUAAUACAACGUUUUCAAGAAUCUGAUCGGGAAGAACAAGCCAGGAACGAAAGCAAAAAAAUUAAACUCAAAGAUGAACGCAAGACCCAACAACGAAUUGGAGAUAGAAUUGACGACAUUACCCAGCAAGUCACUUGCAUGACAAUCUACAAACGAAAAGGCAAAAGACCAUGUGAAGAGUUUUCUUGGGAGAACCAUGGGUUACACAGGCAAGAGAUGAGGACUAGAGCAGCAAGGCUAGAAAAACAGCUCAAAGCAAGAUGGUCCAUUGAACAGUUGAUUGAUGAACAGCUGAGUCAUUUCCGGGCCAUUUAUAUCAGAGUCCCGACUACAAUGAAGGAUGUGACCCAACUUCUCAUGCCCAAGGAGGCCUCGGCCCACGAACUAGCUGCAACAUCCUGGCUUGGUGAUUGGCGGCCUACGAUGAUUCUUGAGUUAUCCCGCUCAUUAAUACAAUCCUCUUCGGACUCUGCUGGACUUGAGCAGGUCUUAUUGCAGCUGAUCAAUGAUGUGCGUAUCCAGGAGGCAGUGAUAGAUGAAGAAAUGGCUGAAAUUCAAGCAACUUGUGUGUUACACCUCCCUUUCAGUCCACUGAGGGUUGAGGGCAGUGGUCCUCCCUUGGCUCGUAUGCAGUCAGAAUUCAAGAAAAUCCACCGGGUUGUCACUAAGGCCCAAAAUCUCAGGUUGAAGACAGUGGAAUUGGUUGUAAAGAAGGUAUUGAGCAAGACUGAUGCUGCGGAAUUCCUAGUCGCAUUUACAAGAUUUCAAGACGCAAUUCAUCACUUCGCUAUUCAAUAUAAAUUGAGCAAGGGUACAGUUUCUGUACCUGUCAAGGUACUUGGGGGUUCUAGUCUAGGAAACUGAAAGAAGCUUCAAGAGUUCUUUUUUACUGUCUGAUGUAAAUGUGUAGUUUUCACUUGAUGAGUACAUACUCUAAAUUUUACACUUUGUAAACUGAGUUAGCUAGAAAAGAAAUGUGGGAUUUCAUUGU